CUGAGGCCGAGGCUCAGCAAAGAUGGUGAAGCGCGGAGAGACAGAUGUGCAGUUUUGAUGUUCCCGAUGUCUAAAUCGCCAGUGAAUAAUCGCGCGGACGGCGGCCGAUAUGCGAGCGGGCAGUAGUCUUCGCGCGUAGUCCUCAGGUGCGACUGAGCUGAGGAGGAUUCGCGACCGUGGAUCGGGCAUCGGUGAUCCUGGAUCCGUGUCGCGGCACGAAGAUGCUUGUGGAGCAACCACCAACUGGUAGCUAAAUAAAUUUUAUGACAUGAAAGAAUGAAACGAGAAACUGUCAUUACCUGUGUAGAGCCUGAUCGACGAGCGCAAACGAUGACGACAGUACUGGACAAUAGUUAUCAACGUAUACAACCUUACGAGGGGCAAGAGGAAGAUGCAGAUGAUGAAGACGAUCGGGAGGAAACGCCUCAAGAAUCAGGAGUUAUCAUCCAUGUAGUACCAGAGGGAAACAAAGCACGAUGGAAUCACAUCGAAGAUCUGGAUUCGUUUUUCACGCGAAUGUACCACUAUCAUCAACAGCACGGCUUUGUCUGUAUGAUGCUCCAAGAAGUUUUGGAAUUAGUGCAAUUUUUUUUUGUAGUCACCUUCGUUACUUUUCUUCUUCACUGCAUCGACUACAGCAAAUUAUAUAGUGGUGGCGGAGAUGCUAACGAUACCAGUCACAAAAGCGAUGCUAUAAUGUGCAUCGGAGAUUGCAUUAAAUCGAUUUCUUCGUUUUAUUGGGGCCUUCUCGUAGUUGCGGCAAUUUUCUUUACUCUUCAAUUUCUCAAGGUUUUAUACCACCUAACGCAAUUCUGGGAGAUCAAAAUGUUCUUCAAUACAGCGCUCAAAAUUGCGGACAGCGAGCUAGAUAAUUUCACGUGGCACGAAAUACAGAAGCGUGUGAUAGAAGUGCAAAAGGAGCAGGAAAUGUGCAUUCAUAAAAGAGAACUUACAGAACUAGAUAUAUACCAUAGAAUAUUAAGACAUAAAAAUUACAUGGUAGCUAUGAUCAACAAAUCUCUUUUACCUGUACGGCUGAAAGUCCCCAUCAUUGGAGAAGUCAUUUUCUUAACACGAGGAUUAAAAUAUAAUAUAGAAUUAUUACUCUUUUGGGGACCAUGGUCACCAUUCGAAAAUAAUUGGCAUCUAAAGGAGGAUUACAAAAAACUGAAUAAAAGGCAAGAACUCGCACGUUUAUUAUCUAAACAUAUUCUAUGGAUCGGUAUUGCAAAUUUCGUCCUUUGUUUCCUUAUUCUUCUAUGGCAAGUCCUGUAUACGUUUUUUAAUUAUGCUGAGACUAUUAAACGAGAACCAAGUGUCCUGGCAAUGAGGACAUGGUCUCUAUACGGUCGAUUGUACCUGCGUCAUUUCAACGAACUCGAUCACGAAUUGAAUGCGCGUCUCAGUCGCGCGUACCGUCCUGCUUCGAAAUACAUGAGUAGUUUUACAUCUCCGAUAAUGACAGUACUCGCAAAGCAUACUGCGUUUAUCGCCGGUAGUGUAUUAGCGGUAUUACUGGUUAUAACGGUAAUUUACGAGCCCAUAUUCUCGAUGGAACGCGUGGUUGCCUACAUGACCAUGCUGGGCGCGGUAGCAGCAGCCGCAAAGGCGAUUGUGCCCGAUGAAAACCUAGUCUGGUGUCCCGAAACUCUUCUAACCGCCGUGCUAGCCCACACACAUUAUAGACCGGAUAGUUGGCGAGGCACCGCUCAUACGCACACCACCAGGGCUCAAGUAGCGCAAUUGUUUCAGUAUCGCGCAGUACACCUCCUGGAAGAGCUGGUUUCUCCAUUCGUGACGACGUAUAUUUUGUGCUUCCGUAUGAGACACCAAGCUUUGGAGAUUGUAGACUUUUUUCGUAAUUUUACGAUUGAAGUAGCUGGAGUUGGUGACGUGUGUAGCUUUGCUCAGAUGGACGUUCGCAGACAUGGCAAUCCUAUGUGGCAGACUGUAGCGCACAGUCCCACUGUCUCACCGAUGCCGGAAGAUCAAAGUGUGGGAUACGACAAUCAAUAUGGCAUCGAUUCAGACAAGUACCAUGUACCGAUGUCAAAUCAUUAUACCCAAGCAGAGGACGGCAAGACCGAAUUGUCCCUCAUACAUUUCACUCUAACGAAUCCUGAAUGGAAGCCGCCGUCCCAUGCGGAAAAUUUCGUAACUGCUUUGAGAGAAAGAGCUAAGAAGGAAGUAACUGCCGACUCUAAUCCUUACGAUAAUCCCCUGAUAGCUAGUUUGAAUAGUUUGUCCGGUCUUGGCUAUCGAGAUCAUGUAUCGAAUAUUAUUCGAAGCACGAUAAAUCAAGUGAGUGUACCUAGCAUGAGUAAUAUCUUCAUAAAUCAACCGGGCACAUCGACUACAUCGGUCGGCAUCGAUCAAUCAUUGGCCACAAAAUCAACCGUUUUACGUCGAGGCGUGUCUAGGACAGAAGGUCCGUUGCACAAUGAUAGAGGAUUCCUAUACGAUUUGCAGCAAGGCAUAUCGAAUCAGUCGCUAGGUGCUUCUGUGUUUGGAUCGGGCCACAGUUAUAUCAUGGAAACGCAUACGGAUCCGUAUAUACCUACAGAAUUAACUGCUGCCGACAUGUCUUUGUCUACAUUGUACCUGCAUGAGCUUCAUCAUAGACAAGUAAGAAGAAGAGGUUACCAAGAAAUGGCAACAAGAAGUAUAUGGCAGCGUAGUCCGGUUCAAGAACUAGCGACACUUCCUGAGGUUAGACAAGAAAGAAUACCACUCCUAUUACAUCAAGAUUCCUCUUUAAGAAAAAACAGAGAAUCCUAACGCUAGAAAUUUUAUUUAAAUAGUGUCUGAUUCGCGCAAUAACCGUAAUUUUUAACGAAAUAAAGUGAUUUUUAUCUGUUUUAUUAUGA